UGGCUGAAAGAAGGAAGAGAACAUUUAAGCCAAGAGUUGAUCCAUUAAGAUCCAUGUCGGCCGCAGAAUUACAGGCAAGAUUUAGGUUUAAUCAAGAAGGUAUUGACUUUAUAACAAAUUUAAUUUGUGAUUUUAUUGAGCCUCCGACAAACAGAAAUUAUAGUAUUCCAGCACAUGUGCAAGUUAUGGUAACGUUGAGGUACUUUGCAACUGGACGAAUGCAGCUGUGCAGUGGGGACAAUUUUGGUAUUCAUCAAUCCACUGUAUCGAGAAUAAUUCACAGGGUGACCACUGCUCUCGUACAGCCUCGUAUUGUUAGAAGGUUUAUAUCCUUUCCAGUACAACCAGACAUGAUCAGGAAGCACCAGGCUGAUUUUUUUGGCAUCGCACAAUUUCCGGGGGUUAUUGGGGCCAUUGACGGCACCCAUGUACGCAUUAUGGCUCCAUCUGAACAUGAACCAGAGUAUGUGAAUCGUAAAAACUUUCACAGCAUCAAUGUCCAGCUUGUUUGUGAUGCAAGCCAUAGAAUUCUUGACUUAGUUUCAACCUGGCCUGGAGCGACACAUGAUGCAAGAAUCCUUCGAGAAAGUGGACUUUUCCAACUAUUUGAAAGACGUCUCUUGCCUGUCAAGUGUCAUCUCCUUGGGGACAGUGGAUACCCUGCAAAAGACUGGCUGUUGACUCCAUUUUUAAAUCCAGCUAAUGGACCACAGUCUCGUUUUAACAGGUCGCACAAAUGCACUAGAACAAUUGUGGAAAGAACCAUCGGGCAACUGAAGAGACGAUUUCACAUCCUCCAUGGUGAAAUUCGACAGAGCCCUGACCGAGUCAGCCAAAUCAUCACAGCAUGUGGAAUUCUUCACAAUAUUGCGAAGAUGUUUAACAUCCCCGUACCACAGGAGCACGGAGAUGAAGACGACAGUGACGAUGGACCUGACGACAAUGACAAUGCAGACCACUUAGUUGGAGACUUCCAAACUGCUGAUGGUCGCGCAUACAGAAACCAUAUUGUCGCAACCCAUUUCACUUGAAUGACAAAUGAGGUCACCCAUACAGGAAUCGAUGCUGCAGCUACAUGUAUUGCACUUCCGUGCAGGGAGGGUAACCAAAUUAAUUUGCCCGUCACCGCUUUCAUUGGUGCUUAAUAUUUGGAGAUCUUGGACCACUGCACUAG